UUUUAGACAAUUGUAUGCUUCCGAUUGGGAUGAACUAGAAUGGAGAUUGAGAGCUUGGCCUUCAUGACCAACAUCAUUGCCUCACAUCACAAAUGCUCUUCUGGAAUGGGCAAAAAUUCCCACAGACACACUCCAAAAUCUUGUGGGAAGCCUUCCCAGAAGAGUGGCAGCUGUUAUGGCUGCAAAGGGGGGACCAAUUCCAUAUUGAUGCCUAUGGAUUUAGGAUGGGACGUCAUAAAAGUGCCUGUGGGUGUAAUGGCCAGGUGUCCCAUUUCUAUUGUCCAUAUAGUGUACGUUGCUUCGUCAAUGUGUGCCUAGGUGGAGCUGGAGGAACAUGGCUGGGAGGGGUUGGUCCAGGAGGAGCAGCAUGGCCAGGUGCAGCUGGAGUUCCUGUUAUUCCCCAAACUGGUCUGCCAGUAGGGGGAGCCAGAGGGAAGGCCUCAAAAGUACCAGGUGUGGGAAUACCUGGACUCUAUCAGCGUGGACUUGUACCAGCGCAAGGUCUCGGUGGUUGGGGGACAGUGCCUGGUGUGGUGACAGGGGCAGAACUUCAGCCACAAGGGACGGGCCAACUUGGGCAGGGUAUAUAUGGAGCUACUGGAGGCCGUGAUGCAUUUCUGCGCCAGCCAGGAAUCUUCAGUGGCUACCCCUUGACCUCCCCCAAAAUUCAGGGUGUGGGUGCACUCAGUCUGGCUAAAGCCCAGGCCAAAGCAGCUAAAUACGGAGGAAUCCCAGGAGGGUAUCCCGGUGGGCUCAAAGCUCUUAAAUAUGGUCCAGGUGGAGUCGCAGGAGGAUUUGGAAUUCCCGGUGCAGUUCCAGGUCUUGGAUAUGGAUUUGGUGCCGGACUCGUCCCUGGUGCUGGAGCCGUCCCUGGAGUCGCAGGAGUUCCAGGUUCUGUGGGGAUCCCCCAGAUUGGAUUCGGAGUUGGGCCUGGAGGGUAUGGUGGAGGCGGUAAGCCCCCAAAACCUGGGUAUGGUGGAGGUGUUAAGCCCCCAAAACCUGGUGUCCCUGCUGUCGGUGAAGGGGUUCUGGGAGGAAUAGGUGUGGAUCGAAUCUCUAGCACGGCAUCUGGAGGUACGGCAACAAGGGUCCCGGGAACCACUGGAGCACCACUCGUUGACGGUGGAAACCCAGCAAAGGGACCAACGCAGGCACCUGGAGAAACUAAAAUCUUAGGAGCGACGGCCACUGUUGUGGCUCACACAGCUCCAUCGCCCAGUGCCGGAGGUGUUGUGGCAGGUACAGAGCUACUGAGUCUUGACGUGGGUGCAGGAGUUAUUCAGCCUAGUGCUGGAACAAGCAUUAGCACUGGUGCUGGUCCUGGUGUUAGUCCUGGUGCUGCUGCUGGUCCGGGAAGUGGAACUGAGUCACUGCCGAGAGCCAAGCCUCUAAAAUCUCCAGCCGAAGGAUCUGAGGGAACAGCCAGCUCACAAAAAGAAGCCAAAAACAAUGGCCUCCGGGGAUUACUGGGUGGAAGCAGCUAUGGAGAGGGUUCUGGAUGUCAAGGCAGAUCCUGUGGGAGAAGAAAGUGAGAGAACUUGAGCAUAUCAAGACCUCAAGACAUUAUGGUGCUACUUCCUGAUCCAGAAUGUACAUUUUUACAAGCAAAAAUGUUUGUUCUGCUUCCAUGUACCAAAGUUUGACUUUCCUUUGUACUGUACUUGAGUAAAAAUUCAUUUGCAAGCACACAAAUGUAAAGAAGCGUUUGAUAUUCCUGAAUAAUAUUUUUUUUAAAAUCAGUAGCUUACAGUCAAUGUAUGUUUGAAUAAUACCAUGCUGAUUGUUAGCCAGUUUACAAGCAAUGCAUUUACCAGCCUUUUUGUUUUUUUAGACACACAGAGUCUGAAGAUGUGUGGCUGCUACUUUAAAAACUGUGCAAGUGAAGGCGUUGCAGCGUAAAAGUAGGCGUGUCCCGUUUGAUAUUUCGUAUUUUAGUGUUUAACUCGUCGGCAAUUUGUGCGUGGACGUUAUUCUGCAAUAAACGUAGGCCUAAAAGCCGGUACCUAUGCAAUCAUGGCAUUAAACUUUCAAAUUGUGUUUUACACAUACGCUUUUUAUUUUAUUAAAAAUGUAACAGUGAAAUUAAACGAUGAAAUUAUACAGUACAAUGCCUCAUGAGUAAUAAAUAGGGAAUAAGUGUAUAUAGGAAGAGAUACUUACACAACCACCACGUUUUGUUACGUUGCGUGACUAGAGUGCUUUUCUGAUUUUUGGAAACCGUAUAAAUGCAAUUCCCGAAUAGGAAUCAAGAUGUUUUUGAGCACGUUCUAGUUAACAUUUUCAAUUGUAUGGUAAACGUGUGCAACAUUUGUGAUCUUCUUGUUCUAAGCAAUGUUUACUGCGGUAAUCAGGACUAAUCAUGUUUUUAAAUCGCUCAUUAGGCUGCGUUAUUUAAAAAAAUAACAUUUUUAUAAUGUUUUUUAAUAAUAUUAUUAACAUUCAAGGGUGUCCCCGGAGCGUACCCACGAGGUCUGUACUAUGAAAUGUGUCAGGCCAACAGGCUUAACUUGAGCGGAUGGUGUGUUAACAUUUUCAUUGUUUUAAAACAAGUUUUAUAAGGCAAGUAAAAGUCGUGCAUUGCAGACUUUCCUCCGGGUAAAUACUGAUGGUGUGGUGGGAAGGAUCAAUGCAUGUUUUUGUUGAAUACUUUUGAUCAUUUGUUGGAAUCGCCCUGCAUUAUAAUUGAUUAAAAAUUAACGUAAUAAAGUAUUUUUCAGCGUGAA